AUGAGAUGUGACAGAUAUGGAAUAUCAGGUGUUUGGGAUUCCAAUGGACAAACUUAUAAUGCAGUACCAACAUUAAGUAAUUUAACAAUAUCAUUUGAUUUUCCAAUCAAAAAACGCACCAAAACUGUUUAUGGAGUAUUUGGUGAAAGUUUGGGAUAUAUCUGUUUAGUUUUGGCUUUAAUCAUA